AUGGCUAUUUCUUUAGCUUUAGCAAUUCCUCUAUCAUUCAUCUUCACAUACAUAGCUUACCACCUCUACUACCGUCUCCGUUUCAAGCUCCCACCGGGCCCAUCUCCAUGGCCCGUUGUCGGUAACCUCUACCAAAUCAAGCCCGUUAGGUUCCGCUGCUUCUACGAAUGGGCCCAAACUUACGGCCCGAUCAUCUCUGUUUGGUUCGGGUCGACUUUAAACGUCGUCGUUUCCAGCUCGGAUUUAGCUAAGGAAGUGUUGAAAGAACAUGAUCAGCAGUUGGCUGAUCGGCACCGGAGUAGAUCGGCUGCGAAGUUUAGUAGAGAUGGAGCGGAUCUGAUAUGGGCCGAUUACGGGCCUCAUUAUGUUAAGGUUAGAAAAGUUUGUACUAUUGAGCUUUUUACUGCUAAAAGGCUUGAAGCACUUAGGCCCAUUAGAGAAGAUGAAGUUACUGCUAUGGUGGAGUCCAUUUACAGAGACUGCACUGGUCCUGAUAACGCGGGGAAGAGUGUGCUAGUGAAGAAGUACCUUGGAGCAGUGUCCUUCAACAACAUAACAAGGCUUGCCUUUGGAAAGAGGUUUGUGAACUUUGAAGGUGUGAUGGAUGAACAAGGAAACGAGUUCAAGGCGAUUGUUGCCAAUGGAUUGAAGCUCGGGGCAUCCCUUGCAAUGGCGGAGCACAUCCCAUGGCUUCGCUGGAUGUUCCCUCUUGACGAGGAUGCAUUUUCUAAGCACGGGGCACGUAGAGACCGUCUAACCCGAGCUAUUAUGGAGGAGCACACCCUGGCUCGCCAAAAGAGUGGAGGAGCCAAGCAACACUUCUUUGAUGCAUUGUUGACCCUCCAACAGAAAUAUGACCUUAGUGAAGACACUCUCAUUGGCUUGCUUUGGGAUAUGAUCACAGCAGGAAUGGACACAACUGCAAUCUCUGUUGAAUGGGCAAUGGCUGAGGUGAUCAAGAACCCAAGAGUGCAGCACAAGGCCCAAGAGGAGCUCGACCAAGUGAUUGGCUACGAGCGUGUGAUGAACGAAACAGACUUCCCCAACCUCCCAUACCUGCAAUGCGUGGCUAAGGAAGCUCUAAGGCUUCACCCUCCAACUCCUCUUAUGCUGCCACACAGAGCCAACGCCAACGUCAAGAUUGCUGGUUAUGACAUUCCAAAGGGCUCCAACGUGCAUGUGAAUGUCUGGGCAGUAGCUCGUGACCCCAAGGUGUGGAAAAACCCGUUGGAGUUCAGACCGGAGAGGUUCCUUGAGGAAGAUGUGGACAUGAAGGGGCAUGAUUUCAGACUACUCCCAUUUGGUGCUGGCAGAAGAGUGUGUCCAGGGGCACAAUUGGGUAUCAACUUGGUCACAUCUAUGUUGGGCCAUCUUCUGCACCAUUUUCACUGGACUCCGUCUAACGGAUUGAGCCCCGAAGAGAUUGAUAUGGGUGAGAACCCAGGGCUUGUUACCUACAUGAGGACUCCAUUACAGGCCGUCGCCACUCCCAGAUUACCUGCUGAGUUGUACAAACGAAUUGCAGCGGACAUGUAA